AUGUCUUGUUUCAGAUUUCUCAGUUAUGCUCUGCAAAACAAUUCUUCUAUUAGAAAUCAAGACAUUAGCAAAGUAUUUUACGCUUUGACCAAUAAAGUGGCUGGGCAAGAAGUGGCUUGGAAUUAUGUACGUGACAACUGGCGCAAUCUCAAAUCGACUUUUGCCGCUGGUUUUUCUACAAUGAGCGAGAUCAUCAAAUCGGCCACAUACCAUUUCAAUACCAAAAACGACCUGAUCCAACUGUGGCAGUUUUACAAGGACGAAUACGAUCAUUUGGGUUCGGCUAGGAGAAGCGUAUUGCAGUCGAUUGAAAACGCGGAAGCAAACGUGAAUUGGAUGGAGAGAAAUUUCAAAACAAUUAGCAAUUGGCUACAAAACACCACGCUAUACUUGUCCCAAUUUACCAACGAAGUGGAUUAAAUAUGGUAAUCAUUUAUGACGCCAUAAAAUACGUGGGAUGUAAUUAUAUUAUCAUAAGUAGAAUAUAUACUAACGAUUAAGCUAAAAUUAAUUGUCGACACUUUUAUGUCAUUUUCGCUAAAGAUUGUCUUAUAAAGACUGUUUUUAUUUUUUAAAUUACUUCUAAAUAUUAUGACUUGGUGUUAACUUUAUAUGUAUAAUCAUCAUGAUUUUUUUUUUUAUGGCAAUGUAUAUGUUCAAUUUGAAACAGUAUUUUUAUAUAUUUAUUUUAAGUUAACAGUAUUUAAGUUGUACCUAAACAUAUUUAAUAAUACAAUUUUUUCUUUAUAUCGAAUAUAAUAUAAUAAUUUAAAAAGGUUGAACAUUAGUUCCUGAUCGAUCAUUAUGUACUACACUGCUGUGUUAAACAAUUAAUGUUCAUCUAGCCUGCAUGUACUUUAUACAAUAUGACGUGUUGAGUGUUCUCAUAUUUUAAUGAAACACUGUUAAAUAUUAUAUUUAAAUAUCACAAUUAUUUUUCAA